AGACUCUCACCAUGUUUGCUACUAUAGGUUGCCUGGUGUCUAACAUCUGCUCAGAAAUCCAUCUCUGGACUCUGCUGCUGGCUGCUCUCACCUUGCUGCUCCUGGUUGACUACAUCAAAAACAGGCACCCCAAGAACUACCCUCCUGGACCAUGGCGCCUGCCAUUUGUGGGCAACUUGUUUCAGUUUGAUUUAGAUGUGUCACAUCUGCAUUUGGGGAUCCAGCCGUUUGUGAAGAAGUAUGGAAACCUAAUUAGCCUGGAUUUUGGUACCAUCCCUUCAGUGAUCAUAAGUGGAGAACCCUUAAUAAAAGAAGCAUUAACUUGCAUGGGACAGAACUUUUUGAAACGCCCCAUUUUAGCGGCAAGGCAACAUAUUUUUAAAAACAAUGGAAUUAUUUCCUCUAGUGGCCAAACAUGGAAGGAACAAAGAAGGUUCACACUGAUGAUACUCAAGAAUUUUGGAUUAGGGAAGAAAAGCUUAGAACAACGCAUACAGGAUGAGGCUCACCAUCUUGUGGAAGCCAUAGCAGAGGAGAAAGGACGGCCUUUUGACCCUCACUUCAUGAUCAAUAAUGCAGUUUCCAAUAUCAUUUGUUCCAUCACUAUUGGGGAACGUUUUGAGUAUGAAGACAAUCAGUUUCAGGAGCUACUGAAGUUAGCAGAUGAGACCCUGUGUUUGGAGGCAUCAAAGGUGUUAAUGCUCUACAAUGUCUUUCCAUCUAUAUUUAAAUAUCUUCCUGGACCACAUCAAAAACUUUUCAGCAACUGGGAAAAACUGAAAUUGUUUUUUUCCCAUGUGAUGGACAGUCACCGGAAAGAUUGGAAUCCUUCUGCACCAAGAGACUUCAUUGAUGCUUUCCUUACAGAAAUGGCAAAGUACUCAGACAAGACAACUACAAGUUUUAAUGAAGAAAAUCUCAUCUGCACCACUCUGGACCUCUUCUUUGCUGGAACAGAGACAACAUCCACAGCACUGCGUUGGGCUCUGCUCUACAUAACUGUUAAUCCAGAAGUGCAAGAAAAAGUACACUCUGAGAUUGACAGAGUGAUUGGCCAAGGGAGACACCCAACCAUAGAUGACCGAGACUCCAUGCCCUACACCAAUGCUGUCAUCCAUGAGGUACUGAGGAUGGGUAACAUCAUCCCUUUGAAUGUUCCCAGGGAAGUAGAAGCUGAUAUCACACUGGCCGGAUUCCACCUGCCUAAGGGCACCAUGGUUUUGACCAAUCUGACUGCUCUUCAUAGGGACCCCAAAGAGUGGGCCACUCCAGAUGUCUUUAAUCCAGAGCACUUUUUGGAGAAUGGUCAGUUUAAGAAGAGAGAAUCUUUUCUACCAUUCUCAGUGGGAAAGAGAGGUUGCCCUGGAGAACAACUAGCAAGAUCUGAACUGUUCACGUUCUUCACUGCUCUUAUGCAAAAAUUUACCUUCAAGCCCCCAAUCAAUGAGAAGCUGAGCCUGAAUUUCAAAAUGGGCGUCGCUCUUUCCCCAGUCAGCUAUUGCAUCUGUGCUGUACCUAGAUAAUGAUGCUGGAAAAGAAAAAAAGAAUGAGAAUUCAUGGUAUAUGCCCUGAAGCUUCAAGGCCUUGCUCGUAUGAGAGGAGAAAGAUGUUACAGAAUGAAGGUGGUUCAAGAAAUAUUGAAGAAAUUGGGCUAAGAAAUUAAAUCAAAUUUUUGGAUUCUUAGGCCCUUAAUUUGGCAAUGAGCAAAUCUUUUCUGAGCUCAGUGGCAUAUCUUUUCAUCUAAAAGUUUCAAGGACAAAGGUGCUUUUCUCUUUUAAUGUAAAUGCAUUAAAAUGAAUUAAAAAGAAAUUAAAGUUUAAAAUUCAAUUUUAAUUAUUAAUGAAAUUUAAAUAUGCUUGGUAUAUCAUGAGUCACAUCUGAAGAACUGUGCAGUCACUGUUAAUUCUUACUUUGAUACACUUUUAUUUGCUUCUAGUCCAUUGAUAUGUUAGCCUAAAGUAGUGCAAAGAGAGAAUAUAAGAAUCAGAACAGAGUUUCUUAUUGUACCCACAGAAAAAGACCAUGAAACCUCUCCCAUAUGACAGAACUCUCAUUAACUUAUGUAGUUCUACUUUCAAGUAGUCCUGGAAACCAACAGAGCAGGAAUGUUUCUCUACUCACAGAUAGGCAAAGUAAGUGGAAUAAAAUCAAUUUCCUUUUUUAUUUUAA